AUGUCUGGACAGUCUAUCACGGAUCGGAUCGCUGCGGCUCAGCACAGCAUGACAGGAUCCGCUAUAAGCAAAGCCGUUUGCAAGGCCACGACGCAUGAAGUCAGCGGACCCAAGAAGAAACACCUUGACUGUAGGUUAAGUACACCACCAGUGCACCGCCGUUGCUACAUGUUAGCAACAAAAGCAUUGGUUACAUUGAAUAUUCAAGACGACCUGUAUUUGUCAUUAAGUACAUCAUGUUUGGUUGGCCAAGGGUUUUCGAAAUUAUUCUAUUAGGCUAUGAAUAAUUGCGCAUCAUAGGCUUCAACAGCUCUGUAGUCAAUCAUUAUCAUACAGUGUCAUUAUCCUAUAGUAGGCCAUCGUGUUGUAGCCUAAACAUGAUGAGACAAAUAUGUUAUUAUCACUGAGUGUCAUACAGGCAAAUAAAUCAAUAAAAUGUAUUUAUAAAGGCCAUUUUACAUCAGCAGAUGUCACAAAGUGCUAUACAGAAACCUAGCCUAAAACCCCAAACAGCGAGCAAUACAGAUGCAAAUGCACACAUUGUGAUCACAAAUAUCCUAUUACACCUUAUUCAUCAUUGUAUGUAAUAAUAUUUGAGUACAUUUCCCUUUUAAUGUAACAUUUUCUGGCAGCGUAGGUUUAAAGAAGCACAAUUGGAGUCAGUCUACCUAUUGCAAACCAUUAACUCAAUUUCCUACUGAGUUCUAGACGAAAAUUAGUCUGAUUUAGGUAUAAUACCUUAGUAUAUUGUGGUGUAUGUAGCCUUUGAGUUUUCUCAGCUACUUUAGUUUGUGGUGCGCUGGUGUCCAUGUGUCAUUCAUAUUUGUGCAAUGGCAGCAGUGUCAUAGACAAUCUUGAUCUCAACAUUUGUAUGUGUGGAAAUGUGGAACUGGAGUAAUUAUUGGAUAGAAAGUAUUUUCUCCACGUUUAACUACUGAUGAUUAGGUUAGGUGGCUUUAUACCCAAAUAAUUACUUGACACAAUCAACAUUGUGUCCAGUCAAUCAAUUAAGAUCAAUCAGUCCUCUCCUGGGCUGCAACAAAUGCCAUAGACCCAGAGGGUUAUUGGUUCAGUGGAAUAAUAUAUUGUCUGAAAAGAAAAGGUAGGCUGGUUGGGUGCCAGGUCUCAGCAUGUGCUGCCAGUUUGGUUCUAUUCAGGAAAAAAUGUUUAAUUGUAGAAUUCUUUGCCCAACCUUUAUCCAAAGUAAUCCAAUUGUGAAUAUUUUGGUCACCUUAGAGUCAUGUUGAGUGGAAUUACAUAAGCUAAAAUCUUGUAGUCAUAGAAACUGCCAUUUCUCUGAGUGGCAUUUGGGAAGACUUCAAAUGUGAUUUAAGAAUAUGGUACCCUACUGUAAUUUAGUUAUUUAAAGAGUGUAAUUCUUCUGGAUUAUCCGGACGUCUUUAUAUUCCCUUUAUAUUUCCUUUAUGUUCCCUCUUAAGGUUUAGCAUAAGCUUAGACUCCUCCUACAGUCAAAUGUCUAGAAGGACUACCCAAUCAUAUUUGAGGUUAUUUUUAUGACUGUCUGUUUUACAAUCAGAUUUCCAGUUUGAAAUAUUAAUUGCAGAUUAGUCACUGUAAUUAAGGCAGAAUAAGUGAUAGUUAAUUCACUAGUAAAAGGUAUAUUUUUGAAGGGUGGGAGGGGCCGAGCAGAGAUCCAACUGCUGCUAGGGAUUUUCAGCAUGACAAUAUGUUUUAACUAGCACUUGUAUUCCGCCUCGCCACGCUAGCUUCGCCCUUGUGUGGGUGCAAGCAAGCUAGGUAGUGCUAGCUAUCAACAGCCAAUCCAGUAGGGGCUGGAAGCUAUAGUGAGCUUCGAUCGGUCAAGCGCACCGAUGUCGCAGAGUGUUUGCAUAAAGUUCAGCUUCCCCAACUUUGCUCCCACCCUGUUCCAGUCUGUCGCCUAAGCUCGCGUCGCCAAAUGAUCCACCACCCACUUCGCUUCUCUUCAAUUGGAAAUGAAUGGCUUUCCGUAGUUUCAUCGCCCACAUUGUCUUCAGUUAAGAGGCACUGUGUGUGAGUUGAUCAACCUUAGUGUAGGGUCGAGCAGAAUAUAUCUUAAGCACAGAAAGCACUAUUAUGUUUUCAAUUGUCACCAUUCUGUGUUGUUGGCAGACCUGAUCCACUGCACCAAUGAGCUGAACGUGAGUGUCCCCCACCUGGCUGACACGUUGUUUGAGAGGACGGCCAACAACAGCUGGGUGGUGGUGUUCAAGGCCCUUAUCACCGCACACCACCUCAUGAUGUACGGCAACGAGGUGAGUCACUCACUGACAGACUGGCUUCACUGUUAAAGUGGACCUCUGUCGCUCAGUUGGCAGAGCAUGGCGCUUGCAACGCCAGAAUAGUGGGUUCAAUUCACAGGACCACCCGUACAAAACAUUUAUGCACGCAUAACUGUAAGUCACUUUGGAUAAAAGCAUCUGCUAAAUGGCAUACAGUAUAUUAUUAUAUGUUAUUCACUGAUUGAGUCUUUAUUCUUACUGGUUAUGAUCACACUCUUGCUCUCUCUGUAUUUAUCUCACCAGCGAUUAAUCCAGUAUCUGGCGUCCAGAAACACACUUUUUAACCUGAACAACUUCUUGGAUAAGGGAGCAUUACAAGGUACUGUUGGGUAUUUGUCCAUGGAAGCAAUUCCAUACCACACUGUACAUAAGUCACAGGCACAAAAUCACUUAGAAACAUGCAAUGCAUGAACAACAAUGUGCAGUUCAAAAUUUCUAACUGUCGUUCUGAAUGCAUUGCAGAGGUUUGGCUCUGUAAGCCUCCAGCUAGCACUUAUACAAAUACCAAUACAAUACUCCCUCUCUGCCAGGUUAUGACAUGUCAACGUUCAUCAGACGCUACAGCAGGUAUCUAAAUGAGAAGGCCAUGUCCUACAGACUAGUGGCUGUGGACUUCACCAAGAUGAAGAGGGGGUAAGAUGGCCUGUUGUGGCUAGUGUGGAACCUCAGAGUCAUACUGGGAUACAUCAUUUAGCUACAUCAGUGUCCCUCCUCAAGAGCGACAAACAGUGGCUUAGGUAACAAACAGUGAAAAUAAUGGAGACAGUUCUUAAAUACAUUCAAGGUUACCAAGCUAAACUGGUCACUCAUUUCAGCAGCCAUUUUGGAUAUUGUGUGCAUUAUAUUGAGUAUCAGCAUGGUUGACAUGGAGAUGCUUUAUCUGUUUGAGUAGUUGUUUGAACGUGUUUGUCAGUCACUUGUCCUGUUAAAGUGGUCCUGCGUGUCUCUUGUUGACAGGGUCGAUGGUGUGAUGCGCACCAUGACUGUUGAGAAGCUGAUCAAGACUCUACCCAUCAUACAGAAUCAGCUGGAUGCACUGCUGGACUUUCAGGUAGGCUGCAGGGCUGCAUGGUUUUGGUGUUGGUGGUCCUUAACAUCGGCUACAUGAUGACAGUGAGCUGUCUGCAUGAACUCUCAAUGUGUUGUCUCUUUAUCUGUUCUCUUCCCAGGCUAACUCUAAUGAACUGACCAAUGGCGUCAUCAACGGCGCCUUCAUGCUGCUCUUCAAAGACUCCAUCCGCCUCUUUGCUGCCUACAAUGAAGGAGUUAUCAACAUGCUGGGUAAGUACACUCUGUUAGAUAACUAUGAUGCCACUGUGAUGUCACUAUGAUGUCACUAUGAUGCCACUGUAAUGCCACUAUGAUGUCACUAUGCUGUUUGUAAAUGUACACUACCGUUCAAAAGUUUGGGUUCACUUAGAAAUGUCCUUGUUUUCCAUGAAAACGUACAUGAAAUUAGUUUGAAUAGGAAAUAUAGCAAAAUGAAUAGGAAAUGUAGUCAUUGACAAGGUUAGAAAUAAUGAUUUUUAAUUGAAAUAAUAAUUGUGUCCUUCAAACUUUGCUUUCGUCAAAGAAUCCUCAAUUUGCAGCAAUUACAGCCUUGCAGACCUUUGGCAUUCUAGUUGUCAAUUUGUUGAGGUAAUCUGAAGAGAUUUCACCCCAUGCUUUCUGAAGCACCUCCCACAAGUUGGAUUGGCUUGAUGGGCACUUCUUACGUACCAUACGGUCAAGCUGCUGUCACAACAGCUCAAUAGGGUUGAGAUCCGGUGACUGUGCUGGCCACUCCAUUAUAGACAGAAUACCAGCUGACUGCUUCUUCCCUAAAUAGUUCUUGCAUAGUUUGGAGCUGUGCUUUGGGUCAUUGUCCUGUUGUAGGAGGAAAUUGGCUCCAAUCAAGCGCCGUCCACAGGGUAUGGCAUGGAGUUGCAAAAUGGAGUGAUAGCCUUCCUUCUUCAAGAUCCCUUUUACCCUGUACAAAUCUCCCACUUUACCACCACCAAAGCACCCCCAGACCAUCACAUUGCCUCCACCAUGCUUGACAGAUGGCAUCAAGCACUCCGCCAGCAUCUUUUCAUUUGGUCUGCGUCUCACAAAUGUUCUUCUUUGUGAUCCGAACACCUCAAACUUCGAUUUGUCUGUCCAUAACACUUUUUUCCAAUCUUCCUCUGUCCAGUGUCUGUGUUCUUUUGGCCAUCUUAAUCUUUUCUUUUUAUUGGCCAGUCUGAGAUAUGGCUUUUUCUUUGCAACUCUGCCUAGAAGGUCAGCAUCCCGGAGUCGCCUCUUCACUGUUGACGUUGAGACUGGUGUUUUGCGGGUACUAUUUAAUGAAGCUGCCAGUUGAGGACCUGUGAGGCGUCUGUUUCUCAAACUAGACACUCUAAUGUAUUUGUCCUCUUGCUCAGUUGUGCACCGGGGCCUCCCACUCCUCUUUCUAUUCUGGUUAGAGCCAGUUUGCGCUGUUCUGUGAAGGGAGUAGUACACAGCGUUGUACGAGAUCUUCAGUUUCUUGGCAAUUUCUCGCAUGGAAUAGCCUUCAUUUCUCAGAACAAGAAUAGAUUGACGAGUUUCAGAAGAAAGUUAUUUGUUUCUGGCCAUUUUGAGCCUGUAAUCGAACCCACAAUUGCUGAUGCUCCAGAUACUCAACUAGUCUCAAGAAGGUCAGUUUUAUUGCUUCUUUAAUCAGCACAACAGUUUUCAGCUGUGCUAACAUAAUUGCAAAAAGGUUUUCUAAUGAUCAAUUUGCCUUUUAAAAUGAUAAACUUGUAUUAGCAAACACAACGUGCCAUUGGAACACAAGACUGAUGGUUGCUGAUAAUAGGCCUCUGUACGCCUAUGUAGAUAUUCCAUAAAAAAUCAGCCGUUUCCAGCUACAAUAGCCAUUUACAACAUUAACAGUGUCUACACUGUAUUUCUGAUCAAUUGUAUGUUAUUUUAAUGGACCAAAAAAUUGCUUUUCAAAAACAAGGACAUUUCUAAGUGAACCCAAACUUUUGAACGGUAGUGUAUACUAUAGAAAAGAACUAGCCAAAAUGCUUUUUUCUUUUUUCUUUUUUUCUUUUGUUCUUUCGCUGAGUUAACCUAUCCUCUUUUUGUAUCCUAAAGAGAAAUAUUUUGAUAUGAAGAAGAACCAAUGCAAAGAUGCCCUGGAGAUUUAUAAGACGUUUCUGAACAGAAUGACCAAGCUGUCAGAGUUUCUCAAAGUUGCAGAGGUAAUGUUUUCCCUUUUCCACUUGUGGUGAGGAAAAAAAGGUUUCAGAUAGAUCCAGCAGGAAGGUGGGGCUCUUCUCCCGGACCUCUGCUCCUCUCUCCUUUCUCUCUCUCUGUCCCUCUGUUGCCGUGUGGUGGAGGCUAAUGCUGGUCAUGAAUGCAGAGGUUAGCCUAUUAGUGGGCCUAAAAAGCUCAUGGUGAAAGGCCCCUCCAUGUGCUGCCUGUUUUGAUGCCUGCGUUGCAUGUCUUAGCAAGAUGUUUUCUCUUAGUCUUUCCUUCCCUUUCUCACUUUUUCAAUGACGAAUGUCUGCUGUUAUCCAAGUAAUGUACUACUUGAUGAAUGUCUGCUGUUAUCCAAAUAAAGUACUACUUGCAAUUCAUAAGGCCUUAUUGCAAAGAUAAUCAGUAUCUCUCUGUAGUUUUAUAAUUUCUUGUGCAUUCUUUUAAAAGGCUUUCCUGCUGUCUUUACUGAUUUGGUAACUAUUUGGAGGAAGGUUUGGGGUGAUGGGGGUGUGGUUCUAUCCAAAAACUGGCUAACGUUGACUUUAAGGGCCCAUUCAUUUACUUGUUUAACAAUGUGUUUGUCAUUUAUGCCCCUUUCUUUUUCGUUCAAAGUCAACAUUAGUUGUGUGUUUUCUUUGGAUGUUUCUCACCUUGCAGUCACAUGAGUAUUACAGCCCAAUGUACCCGGCCCACCUGUCAGUGGCAUUUCAGUGUGUAAACAUUCAUUUCAAACCAGUCUUCAGAUCCUGUGUGUGAGUGUGUGUGUGUUUGUGUGUGUGUGUGUGGGCAUGCCAAUUCCCCUCUCUGUUGUCUUUUUGUUGUUUUGUUUCUAGUCACUGCAUGGAGUAAUGGAUCCUUUGGUUUGAUUCUUCUUUCUCCCUCCUCCACACACCUACCCCUUUAUUCUGUGGUUGAGUUUGUUUGUUUAUUAUGUUUGGUUUUUGUUUGCCCCCCCCCCCCCCCCCCCCCCCCCCCCUCCUUUUUUGUGACACAGCAAGUUGGAAUUGAUCAGGGUGACAUCCCAGAUCUCACACAGGUCAGUGGUGCAUUUCAUCUCAAUAUCUCCCAUGUAGUUCCAUUCUAAACACUCUCAUUCCCUACUCACCCUACAGGCUUCCAACCGCCCCCUCCUUUUUACCUGAUUUACCUCCCUCUCUCUGAGCUCUAGGAUAGUGAGGGCCUACACUCAAAAUGAAUUUCUAAUAUGUGAACCUUGGAUUCUGCUGCGCCAUAUUUCAUAUCCUAAUUCUGGAGAUUGUGCAAAACAUAGUCUUCCUUGGUCUUACGUCUUUCAGCAGAUUUUAGGUAGACGGAUCCUUUAUUUCUUUACUUUGAUUUUAGUCUUUUGUAUCGUUGAAUCACAGUUUUCUAAAGUUAACCUACAAAAAAAAAAGUUUUGUUUGUUUGAUUUUGAAAUGGAGCUGAAAAGUCAGGCACCUUCAGCCUCUGUCCAAAUAUGGUCGUAUGGUGCUUGUGUGAGGAUGACAUCCCUUGAUAGAAUAGCUUAGAGGAAUCAAGCUCUUGAUUUCUCCUACAGUUUAACUUUGUGUUGCCUCAAAAUUAACACUAUUGUAUAUCUUUUUCCUGAAAAGAUAUCCCAUCAAAAUAGCUGUGGGGAGAGCAGUGAAUGGUUUCUACCAAAUAGGUUUCUGCAAAUAUUACUUGAAUGGUGUACAUAAUGCAAUCCUAAGCACUGCAUAACAUCUGAUGUGAUGCUACAAAAACUUGUUGAAUCUUUCUUCAAUGACACUAAUGGUGUUUCCCUCCACAUGGGGAAAAAUAAACAUGAACAAAUGUUUCUGUCAAUUCUUAUGUCAUGUUUGCAGUGCUUAUGAAGACCUUAUGUAUCCCUGCUCAACUAAAUAGUAACCCAUGUCUUUACUGAGAUGGAGAUUUUUUUUCUGUUAAUUUGAAACUUUUAGUAUAUUCUAGAUUUCUCUGAAGAAGGAAUGUCAUUAUUCUCUCUUGUUCCCCCAAAUAAGUAUAUGCAAAUUCUUAUUUUUGCAAGUUACUGCAUGUGUUAAGAUUGUAUUCUAUAAUGAAAAGGAAAUGUUGAGUUGAAACAUGGGUAUUACAUGUGGAAAAUGAAUUCACUGAACCUGGUUUAUUUAACCAUCAUUUUGUAUGUCUUUAUAAAAUAUGCGCUUCAUUUCCCAAGUGUAUACCUCAUUUUCAUCAGAUGUUUGCCUUUCUGUGAGUUAACUCGUUUGGCUUCCAAACCUUUUUGAAUUAGACACUAAGCUAAUGACAACAUUUUACUGUCUGCUAAUAUAAUUUAUCCUCUAACCUGUAAAAUACAUGUAUUGUAUUGAUAUUCAUGGAUGAAUGAAUAGUUACUCAAAUUAUUAUAUCAAACGGAAUCCAUUGGUUAACUCACCAUUUAUGGACUGUGAUUUCUGUGUGUGUGAGAGCAUUUAUACACACCUGUGAAUGGGCUUCUAAGCUCCUUUCUGUAUGCCAACAGACGAUGUGAUGUGUUCUGAACACCUCAGGAGCCGAUACACUGUACAAAUGACCUCCCAGGCCUGUGUACUUGCUUGCAUGAGAGAGGACUGAUCUGUGCAUGUCUGGCUUGGAGCCAAACCUAAUUAUACCAGAUGUAUUGUCUUAUGUAAAAUACCUGCAAAUAUGGAGACUAGACUGAACAUGAAUAAGCUUAGGACAAUGUGCCACUUGGCCGCUGUGUUUGUGUGUAUGUGCGUGGCGUGUGUGCGGGCGUGUUUGUCUGUGUGCGGGCGCGUCUGUGUGCUUGUGCGUGCACAAAUGUCUGUGUGCCUGUACGCGAGUGUAUGCAAAUGUAGGAUGUGUGUGCACGCUGUUGUUUUCCCAAUUGUUCUACACAGUGCUAUCCUCACCUUGUGCAUUAAUGCUGCUCCAUGCCCAACCCUCCCCCUCUCUCUCUCCACCAGGCCCCUAGUAGCCUCCUGGAAGCCCUGGAGCAGCAUUUGGCCUCUCUGGAGGGCAGGAAAAUCAAGGAGCUCUCCACAGCCACCAGGUAACCAACAAACAGACAUACACACACACACACACACACACACUGAUGCUAAUGUUUCAGGCUUUGCGUCCGAAGGAGGCUUUUCAAAACAUGUAUCACUCACUGAAGCUUUGGUAGAUAUGAGGAUGAAUAUGCAAAUGAUACUGUACCAGUGAUCCACCAUCAGCUAGUAGUUCUUCUGGACUACAACAGAAAUGCAACCUCAUUUAUCAUGCAAUUGGGAGUGUUUACUGUCAGUGCUGAUCAUCAUCGGCUGUGUGUGUGUAUGUCAGACCUGUCUAUUACAUUGCAAUAAUGGCACACAGAGUCAGAAACAUUCACUAAUACAUGAAUGAUUCAUUAGUGGUCAGUCCCAGAGUGCUGUGUGUGUGACAGUGAGUGUGCGUGGUGGUCACUGAUAAGUGCUGUGUGGUCUCUCCAGAGCUAACACCUUGUCUAGUGCUGUGUCGUCACUGUCCAGCACUGGAAUCUCCCUCAGCCGCAUGGACGAGAAGGAGGACGAGAACAGGCUGAAGGUCAGACAGGGUCACUGUAUAACACGUUUUCAUUACAGUGUAGAUACAGUGAUGUAUGAAUGUUUUUUCAACCCUGUUGUACUUUUUGCGGCUUCACUUUAUGUGUUUGUCCCACAGGAUGAGGGAGCCAAGGUGAUUGACAUGCAGACGCCGACCGUCUCUCCCAGCGCCCAGUCAGUGGGCAGUGCCAACAGCAGCAGCGGGGCCACAGAUGUCUUCUCCAACUCAUCUGUUGGAUCCGUUACAAAUAAGUAAGCAGACCUACUGUCUGAUAAUCCUUGUGUUUAAGUUAAAACCUAUGGGUAUGUUUCACCCACGUUUGUUCGAUUUGUAUAAUAUAUACUGUAUGUAUCUUAUUAAAAAUGGCAGCUAGUUAAAUCACUUCAUAGUGUAUUAGUUGGGUUAUUAGUGGAAAGGACCUGUGAGCCAAGUUAAAAUGGAUGUCUGUAUGGCAGUGUUCCAAGCGUUUGGUCCUGUCCACUGUAACUCUCUCUCUGCCCUGUGGCCUGAAGGGAUCUGCUCUGCUGUGCUUUUUAUCCCUGUCUCUCUAUUUCCCCAGCGUGCCAAAUCUCACCAGUGACCUGUUCAACCUCCAGCCCACCUUCAACCCAAACAUCCAGACCAUACACACUGUGCCGUCUAACAACAACGCCUGGGGAGGUGAGGGACACAGAAGCACACACAGACUCCACGUACACACGCGCGCACACGCACGCACACACACAAUGUAUACUCUUGAGAACGAUUGAGUGUAUUUAAAACGAAGGCAGGUACAUUAAGCAGAUUGUGAUGGACAGAAAUCAGUCACUGCAGGACAUAAAUAAGAUAUGAAUUUAUGUCAACCCCAACCUUUAUGAGAAGAAGUGAAAUGUCCAGUUGUGUCCCCAAUGCAAUUUCCUCCUCUCCUCUUCCCACCUAUGAUACCUAUCCCUGCUGGAUGCCCUCUCUCUCUGAUUGGUGAGUCAACAUGGCUUGUAUCACUCUACUGGAUAGCUGACAGAACUGAAAUGGCAUUACAAUAUGCCUGAGGCUAGGGUUAUUGCCUGUAGCAUGACUCGCUCUCUCCCUGUGUAACCUGCAGCCUGACGCUCUCUCUCUCUCACUCCCUCUUUCUCUCUCGUUCUUUCUCCCUCUCUCUCUUUCUUUCUCUCUCUCACUCUGACCUGAUACUGACUUUGACUCUCUCUCCCUGUGUGACCCAGACCUAGUGCUGAGUGAUUAACCAUCUUUUUUGUUGUUGUUGGGGUUAUUAAACAACUAAUUGACCGAUGUCGGUUCAGUUACUUGAAUUCCAUUUAGUUCUGUUUUUUUUGUGAUCCCAAUGCGCUGUUUCUCUAGAGAGAAAUCCAAUCAAUCACGAGAUAAAUAAUGUAAAGAACUAUGUGCGACGCUGGUCUGAGUUGUAGUUUUCAUGAAGCAAAUAUUCAACCUAGUUCAGCGCCGAAAUGUGGUAAGUAAUUACAAUGACAAUAAUCCAUUGCACUUUUACGCCUGCUACGUUAGGAGACACACAGACAACAUAAAUCACAUGAGAGAGGAAUGUACACAACAGAACGAAGAGAGGAAUAGAGAGUUUGUGAAAGUAUGCCUUAUCUACUUAUCAAACUAGUAAAAUGAUUUAGUUAGACAGUUCUGCAGCAUACUUAGGCAGGCUAGCAUAGCUAAAUAGGAUGACUAAAGACAGUACAGUAUGGGGAGAACAGAGAUAACAUUAGAUCAGUGGUACACAAACUUUAUUUUUUUCCCCAAUAAUUCCUGGGGACCCAAUUGUUUUCCAAAUAAUUUAUUACGACCCCACCCCAAAUCUAAUGAAGCAACCUUUAAAUUGAUACAUUUUGAUUUUUACAUCAACAAAUAACCUUCAAUUAGUUGCAUUUUCAUCUCUUAUCAAAAGCAAAAUAAACCAAUAGACAUUUACUCAAUAGAAUUGUAUCUUUCAAAAUAUAUUUCUCAAAAAAACAAUAAUAUGUACUCUUAAUGUUUUGUUCCUAAUUUUGGCAACCGCACUGCAGUUGGGGUCAUGACCCCUACUUUGAAUACCACUGCGUUAGAUGUUCUGGCUGCCUGGCUGCUACUACCUAAGCUGAGAUGAGAUGAUGACUGAAUGAAAAAUAAUGAAGUCAUUAAAUAAAAACUAAUAGUAAUAUACACAACUGAAUUUCCUAUUUUUCUAUUGAUGUCUACACAAUGUGGACCUGCCAGAGACUAUGGAAUAUUUUCAAUGUUUUGGCAAUUGAAUGUUCACUAUUUUUAAAAAUAAUUUUAAUGUCAUUAUUUAAUAAUACAUUUCAUGUAAAAAAUAAUAAUCGAAACCGAAACUGAACUGACCUCAAAAAGCACUAAUCACUCAGCAUUAGCCAGACCUGACUCUCUCUCUCUCCCUAUGAGACCUGGAGCCUGACUCUCUCUCUCCCUGUGAGACCUGGAGCCUGACUCUCUCUCCCUGUGAGACCUGGAGCCUGAUUCGCUCUCCCUGUAUGUCUCUGUCCUCAGGUUUGGGGCUCCCAGGUGACCUGCUGAAGCCAGCUCAGCCCACCCACAUCCACAGCCCUGGGAUACCACUGCAAUCUGGGGGGAAGAUGAUGCCCACUGACCUGGACUCCUCCUUAGCCAACCUUGUUGGCAGUGAGUCUUUCUCUCUCUUUUACAUGUAGCUUUGCGUAUUCUUUUGUUUUUCAGUAGUGAUAAAAUGGUAAUACACAGUAAUGCUCUGUAACAGCAUCUGAACAUGUAACAUAUCAUAAUCGCUCAUUUUCCAGACUUGCAGUUCGGAGGAACAUCAGCCAAAAAGUGAGUAUAUGAUAUUUGAAAAGGAGCUGAGAGCAAAUAUAAUAUAUUUGGAGUUAGUUAUUCAUCCUCAAGCAUUUGUGAAUCCUGAUCUAAUUUGUCUUGCUCUAAUGUGGUGAGUGUAUUUGACCCCUGUGUUUGUCCCUCAGGCCAGAGCUCCAGUGGACCCAGCUGGUAGAGAAGAAGCCAACAGGGGGGACUCACUGGCAGUCCAAAACAAUGUGCACUACCCCCAACUGGAACCAUCACGCUCCCAUGGCUCCUCAACCGAUGCCCAUACCACAAAUGGUGAGACAUACACUCCUGCACACGCUCACGAAAUAUAAAACUGAGGACAAGCCAGCAAUGCAAAAGGUAGCUUUGAUAUGUACUUUUUCCUUAUGGAAUCUAGUAGCACACAUUAGAAACUCUGUGAUUGGCUGCAAAUCACAUCUUGGAAAAUGGAAGUGGUUAUUGCGGUUCUUCACGAGCGCUGGCGAUUCUCUUUUGCCCUCUGUCUAUUUCAAUCCGUUUGCACUCUAAUGGUUUGUCUUCUCUUUUCACUUUGUUUUUCAUCCGUCGUCUCUCUUACUUUUCCACUGAAUUAUCCGCCAUCCAUUCCUAUCUGCAUUUGCCUCUUUCCCUCCUCCUCUUUUCCUCAACCCUAAUGCUGCAGAAUGGAAUGAUCUAUACUGGCUAUGUAAGUACAUGACUAUCUGUAGAGAGAGUCACUGCAUUUACCAGAAGUGUUUUCCUCAGUGUGCUCUACUGGUCUUCCAUUGUUCCAUUUCACCCUUUCUCUCCGUAGGCUCCAGCUCCAGUGGCUUUUCCAAUGACGACACCUCAAGUGCCUGUUUAUGGAAUGGUAAGGAAUGAUCUGCACUAUGGUACAGUACCCAGGCCUAACAAUCAAAUCAAAUACCAUUUUAUUAGUCACAUGCGCCGAAUACAACAGGUGUAGACCUUACCGUGAAAUGCCUACUUACAAGCCCUUAACCAACAAUGCAGUUCAAGAAAUAGAGUUAAGAAAAUAUUUACUAAAUAAACUAAAGUAAAAAAAUAAAAAAAUAAAAGUAACACAAUAAAAUAACAAUACAAAUAUGAGGUCGGGUCUGAGGGGGGAUCUGCACACCAAGACCAUUGAUCCCCAGUUUACAUUUCAUCUCUCUCUCCCUGUCGUAGAUGCCUCCUCAUCAGAUGGGGCAGAUGGGUGGAGUCCCUAUGAUGGCACCACAGCAUAUGAUGUACAACCAGCCUGUCCUUCGGCACACCAAUCCAUUCGCCCCCAUGCCAGGAGCCCAGGUAAUCCCACUGUCCACUCCUCACUGUCCACUCCUCACUGUCCACUAUCCACUGUCCACCCUUCACUGUCCACUCUUCACUGUCCACUCCUCACUGUCUACUCCUCACUGUCCACUAUCCACUGUCCACUCCUCACUGUCCACUCCUCACUGUCCACUAUCCACUGUCCACUCCUUCACUGUCCACUCCUCACUGUCCACUCCUCACUGUCCACUCCUUCACUGUCCACUCCUCACUGUCCACUCCUCACUGUCCACUCCUCACUGUCCACUCCUCACUGUCUACUCCUCACUGUCCACUAUCCACUGUCCACUCCUCACUGUCCACUCCUUACUGUCCACUCCUCGCUGUCUACUCCUCACUGUCCACUAUCCACUGUCCACUCCUCACUGUCCACUAUCCACUGUCCACUCCUCACUGCCUACUCCUCACUGUCCACUAUCCACUGUCCACUCUUCACUGUCCACCCUUCACUGUCCACCCUUCACUGUCCACUCCUCACUGUUCACUCCUCACUGUCCACUCUACACUUUCCACCCUUCACUGUCCACUCUUCACUAUUCACGAUCCACUCCUCACUCUCCACUCCUCACUCUCCACUCCUCACUCUCCACUCCUCACUGUUCAUUCCCCAACCACUUCUGACACGUGAAUCAUGAUUCAAGGCAUCAGUUCCUAAGUAGGCUAAUCAUAAUCAUAAUUGUAAUGCUGUCUCUGCUGCUUUAUAAUGUAUCAGUUACUGUUUAAUACUUAAUUUGUCAAUGCUAAUUACUGUUUGUUUGCCAGUAGGUUCUGGAAUUAUUUAAGAUCUUGUUACUAUAAAACCUUUUUUUGUGGUAUUACAGUACCCUGUUUUCUUUCACUGA